AUGACGGACAACGUCAAGAUAGCAUUGAAAUAUAGAAGCGUUGGGCGUGCUUUAGUACCCCUGAUUGAAAAUGAGUUGGACAGAAUGGUAAAAUUAGGGCAUUUAAAACCAGUUGACAUUAGUGAAUCUGUAUUCAAGAGUAACAAUAAAAUCCGAAUAUGUGGAAACUUUAAAAUGACAAUUAAUAAAUAUGUCAUAAUGGAUAAAUACUUUUUACAUACAAUUGAUGAUAUAUUUGCAAAAUUAGAAGGUGGCAACAUAUUUUCAGAAUUGGAUCUAACACAUGCGUACAUGCAAUUCCCAAUAGACGAGGAGAAUUCAAAAUUAUUAACAAUCGUAACACACAAAGGGUUAUUUCAAUAUACAAAGAUACCAGAAGGAGUAUCACCAGCUCCAGCAGACGUUCAAAGAAAAAUGGAUGAAUGCUUGCGGGGCAUAGAUGGAACAAUAGCUUAUUUAGAUAAUAUUUAUAUAACUGGUAAAACGGAUGAGGAACAUUUGACUAAUUUGAAUAAAGUUUGUAGUAGAUUACACGAAUGUGGACUAAGAGUUAAUAAAAACAAAUGUUAUUUUAUGAAAGAUAAGUUAGAAGUCUUAGGGUUUGUCAUAGACAAAAAUGGCCUACACAAGGCAAAGUCAAAAGUUAAUGCAAUGAUAAAUGCUCCUCAACCAAAAAAUGUCAAGGAACUAGAAUCUUUUUUAGGACUGAUAAAUUUCUAUGCCCGAUUUUUACAAAAUAGAUCUGUAAACUUAAAACCACUAUAUGACUUGGUACAUAGUGAUAAAUUUGAGUGGACGAAUGAAUGUACUGAAGCUUUCGAAUGGGUAAAGGAGGAACUAAUAUCACCGAAAAUAUUGGUAAAUUACAAUCCAAAAGAAAAAAUUGUACUAGCGUGUGAUGCUUCCGAAUACGGACUUUCGGCUAUCCUUUCACAUAAGUAUAGUAAUGGAGAGGAAAGACCAAUUGCAUACGCAUCCAAAAAAAUUGCAAAGAAUGAACUGAAUAGAAAAAUUUUAGAUAAGGAAGCAAUGGCUAUUAUCUUUGGGUUCAAAAGAUUCUAUCAAUUCAUUUUUGGCAAAACUAUUCUUUUGCGAACAGACAAUAAGGCUUUAGGAUUAAUUCUGGGACCACGAAAGGGCAUUCCUCAAACUGCCGAUAAUAGACUCCAAAGGUUGCCAGUUAACGAUGAUACCGAAUUAGCUGAUACUACCUUUUCCAGCGUUAAUUUUUUUGAUGAAGGAAUAAUUUCGUACAAUUAUAAAACUUUGGCAAACGAAAGCAAAAAAGAUAAUGUAAUAACGACUGCAAUUAAAUACGUAACAGGAAUAUGGCCAAAUAAUAGCAAAGAAAUGUCAGACGAAUUAAAAAGUAUCUUCAAUAAGAAAUCAGAAUUAACGGUGGAAAAGGGUUGUCUUUUCUGGGGAUUAAGAGCCGUAAUACCGCAGAGUAUGAGAUCUACAUUACUUAAUGAACUUCAUGCAACGCACUUAGGGGUAGUUAAGAUAAAAAUGUUUGCUCGAUCAUACGUGUGGUGGCCAAGAAUAGAUCACGAUAUCGAAGAUAUGGUAGGAAACUGUAAAAUUUGCUUAAUUGAAAGGAAGAAGCCGCCACACACGCCACUAACUACAUGGCUAUAUCCCGAUAAAGCAUGGGGCAGAAUUCAUUGCGAUUUUGUAGAAUUAUACGAGAAAAUGUACCUCAUCAUUAUUGACGCCUACUCUAAGUGGCCCGAAAUGAUCAAAUUCAAUAAUAACACAAAAUCGUAUAGACUAAUAGAGAAAUUCAAAACAUUAUUUGCCAGGCACGGGUUUCCUUUUCACUGUGUCACAGACGGGGAGGCGCAGUUUCGAAGCGAGGAUUUUCAUAACUUUUUGAAUAGACAUGGAGUUAAACAUUCCUUCAGCACUCCCUAUCACCCAGCCACAAACGGGGCGGCAGAGAACUUUGUACAAAGUUUUAAAGACAAGGUCAAAAAAAUCGUAAAGGGGGGAGAGAGCGUGGACAACGUAAUCAGUAUGUUCCUUUUUGAUUAUAGAAGCAUUGAACAUUGUACGACUAGGCGAAGUCUAGCUUAUUUAAUGUUCAAACGCGAAUUACGUACGAGAUUUGACCUCCUGCGUCCAAACGUUAGCGAGACGGUGGAGAAAUGUCAGAGAGCUCAGAUUGUGGCGAGAAAGGGUAGGAGGAACGUAGACUUCAAACCCGGCAAUAAAGUUGUCAUAGAUAAUUUCGGAACUAGAUCAAAUAAGAGGAUUGAGGAUGAAAUAGCGAAAGCAGUUUCGCCAUCCACUUACAUUGUAAAGGACGAAAACGAGGUCCUGCAAAAAAGACACACAGAUCAAAUGUACAAGAAAGGGAACCAAAAUGUUGUUUUGCGACGCUCUCCACGUUUAAACAAGACGUAA